AUGAACGAGUUUGAGUCCAAAAAGAAAAAGGCGAAAGUUGAACCUAAGAGAGAAAAGCGAGGUUAUUCUCAGGAAGAGUCAACAAAUAAACGAAUAAAGCAAGAAAAUCCUAUUUUGUCUGAAGAUAAAGAAAGUUUGAAAAGAAAGAAUUUUGUAAGAGCUUGUAAACAAGUAUCAUACAAUGCAUUUAUUAAUUAUCCCGAAAGAUUUGAUUUACUUUCUCUUCCUCUCUGUGCACAGUCACGUUGUAUUCACCAAGAUUUAAAGAACUGUAUGGUGAAGCAAGUCCCUGGAAGAGUUGAGGAACUAUUUAAAAUAGAAAUGAAAUCGAACAUGUGGUAUGAAGCUCUAGACAUAUGCCUCCUGUGUAUUACCCCUUCAAAUUACUUAUCAGACAAUAUUCUUAAAGAUAUUGUGGAAAUUAUACUAAAUGCUCAUGAAGAUUCAACUUGGAACUAUUCAAUCUCAAAUUUGUUAGGAAAAUGCCAACAAAUAUUAUCAUUAAAUUUUAGUAUGCACCCUCCAUGUGCAAUGAAAAGUAUUAGAAAAUGCUAUAUAAAUUUUUUAACCUCUCCAAUGGAUCUGAAACAGAACACUUUUACAGACAGAACUAAGUAUGAAUCUAGCAAAGGCAUUGUCAAGUACUGUGUUACAAGAUUAGAAGCUGAACUAAAUCCAGAGAUUAAUGAAAAUGCCUUAUUUGAUAAACUUGAAAAUACUCCAGAUAAUAUUAAAAACAGUGUACAAGGUCUUCAUUGGCAGAAAGAGAAAUUUGAAAUUUUUGAAAUGUUGAUCCGAUCUGAAAGAAUUGAAAGGAUAAUGACAGUUUUAGAAAGCUUAAUAGAAUUAUUACAAUAUGAUCUUGCUAUUUGGCAUUCAAGAUAUACGAAAAAUUUAGGUUCACAUUUAAUGAGAUCGAAUAAACCUCUGAUGGCUCAUAUACUUUGGUCUCAAAAUAUUUUGUAUACUGGUGCUGUUACAAAUAACACAAGGCAAAUCUUGAAAUUGUUUGUACAUUUUGUUCACCUACAAUAUCCAGAAAGGCAUAUUAAAACUAUGACUAUGUGGUUGAAUGCUGUCAUUCAAACGUUUUAUAUUUGUGAAAAUAAUUCAAAUGGCGACUACCCAAAUAUUGGAAAAUAUUCAUUAGCCUUUACUAAUGAGUUUUACAAAAUGAUAACAGCAUUGCCACAGGCCUCUAUUCUGAGAAUAUUAGAAAGAUUACAGCCAAGCUUCAUGAGAUACUUGAUAAGUAAAAAACACCUACAAUCCAUUCUUCCAUCAAAUGAAGACGAAAUUAUUGGAAUGUUUUUAUACUUUAUAAAAAACAGACAAUGGGAAGAAUAUCCAAUAUGUAAAGAUUUUAACUUCACAAUAGAAUUGAAUGUGAAGCAAAUUAAACCAAAAAAGAUAUUGGCCUAUCUUACUAAACAAUGUAUCUGGAAAAUUAAAGAAAGUAAAUUGAUUAAAAUGGAACCCAAAAUUUUAUACCCAAAACUAGACACCAACUAUGUAGAAAAUAAUAUAGUUAAUCAGAACUAUCUUAUUUCUAUACUUUACAUAGCUCUACAAGGAUUUUUAGAUGCAUACAGUAUUCAACAGAUUCAAGAAAUAUGGGAAGAAUUAAAUAAACAAUUAGACCAAGAUAUGCUUCAUGAUUAUUCAUCUGCAACUAAUAUGUACUCUGUUAGUGAAGAUUUCGUUAAAAAAUACAGAUCUAUCUAUCAAAUAUUUCAAGAACUUGUGAUGAUUUUGCACCAAAUAAAAAAUGAUGGCAGUUUUCCUGAUAUACUAAAAAUAUUUACAAAUAUUAAACUAUUAGGAUUGUAG